GCGCAGUCUUGUGCGGGCACUUGCGCAAUAGGCCGCAUGCGGACGCUUAUGUUUUUAAAGAAUACAUAAGAUUAAAAAUGAGUGAGGCAAAGAAAUUUUUUAUAAUUUUAGGCAUAAUAGGUCUUACACUCCAAGUGGAUGGGGUGGAUAAAUAUACGGAUGAAAACAGGCCCUAUGAAUUCGGCUUUUCUAUUGAAGGCGAACAACAUCGCCACGAGAAAAAAGAUGAGAAUGGAAUUAUUAUGGGAGAGUUUGGAUUUAUAACAGCCGAUGGAGUUUAUCACGUUACUGUCUACGCUACCGAUGAACAAGGGCGUUUCAAAAUAUUGUCUAUGAAAAAUAUCCGUGUGAAACCAUAUCCUUCGACGUCUUCUCAAAACUCUCGUACAGGACAUUCUUUAUCGUUACCAAACACACAGAAAAGUUUAACAGAAUCAUCAAAUGGAAUAUCAACUCCAACUAAUGAAGCAAAACAACAACUUCAAGCAACAUUCACUCCACCCAAGAGUGAUCAAAAUUCAAAAGUGUCAACGUUUCAAUUACCACCUGCGUCACCCGUUAAAUCCUGCUCUCAUUGUAGCUUACCAACUACAACUACAUUAGCACCUAAAUUAGCAAACCCAAUAUCACAAACAUAUGAAUCGCAAGGAAAUCGUGCUGAAACGUCGGCAAGUUAUAAUAAUCAACAAAAUAAAAACAUACAAAAUAAUGAAAGCAAUAAUUACAACCAAAAUUCGUACAAUAAUGGACAAGUAAAUAACCCUUCAUAUGGUACAAAUAACAACCCCAUUUCAAAUAAUAGGGAAUCACAAUAUCCACAAGAUUACAGUUCGAAUGUUCAGAAUACACAAGGUGUGUCACAAACUGGAUAUGGAUUGGAAAAUACACCUUUAUAUGGCACUGGGGCUCGCUCACCAGUUCAACAAAACCAACAAACACCAGAUCGCUAUAGCAACAUUAAUCAGGGUUCCAACGUUUUAGCAAAUAAUGGCAUUUCGUCAUAUUCAGGUACGACACAAGAUACACAAGGAAAUCCUCAAAAUGAAUUUGAGAAUAAUCAACCAGCAUUUUCAGGCAGUCGUAACCCAAAGAGGUAUGAACCUGAAUCUGAAUCAGUUGGACCGCCAAAUGCUUUGCCAGGAAUUAAUCGUAACGCAUUAGACUCAACGAAUUUGCCGCAGAUACCACCCGAAAAGCCUAUGCUUAUCUCAGCACAAAUGCAAGUUGUAGAUAAGAACACAGACAUUUAUCAUAAAAAUCCAGGUGAACGCGAUGGCUUGCCAGAUGGCGUCACAAAAGAUUAUAUGGAGCGCGUUCUUUACGUGUUUAAUUAUACAGUUGGAUUCCAUGGACAUUUCGAGAAGGGUUAUUCAAAUGGUGCAAAGCAAGGUUAUUAUUAUGUAACAGGCAGAAAUGGUAUAAGAACUCGUGUUGAUUAUGAAGCUGAUGAAAAAGGAUUCCGUCCAAAAAUUAGCCAAGAGGUGCUUGAUUUAUUAUCCGAUGAUGUACCAAAACCUGAGACGGAAAAGGAACCAAAAUUUGGACUCAAGAGUUACGAAUUUAAAUGGCUUUAUUUUCCAGUUGAAUCAAAGCAACAAUAAAGAAAAAAUUAUUCACCAAACGAAAACUGUUAUGAUACCGAUCCCUCAGAAUGGGUAGACUGAAAAUUCACAAUAUAUUACAAAUUAUAUAAUGUUGUCAAUUAUGCUCAUUGGCUAUAUAACAAUAGGUAACGAUACGAAGGCCAGCUCCAAAUAAAAAGAACGGAAAUUUAUUUAUUAUUUUGUUAGAUAUGUCUUAUAACUUAUUUACAUGAUAAUUUUACAACUGCCACUUGUCACUGCCAAUAUUGUUUACUUUUUAAAGGAUCUAAGUAUUAGUAAAUAAGCCAACAAAUUAUCUUUCUUAUUUGAAAUAUAGAUGUGCAAAUAUGUCAAAAUAAAAUUUAGCGUGUAACAAAAUGCUAGGCGCACCUUAUUUUGCA